CAUUGGCGUUUUAACUGUGGACGGUUGCUACUCGCACUCGCUGGCGGAUUAACGGCAUAAAUAUUUACAUAGAUAUAUCUAUUUCACAUACAUAUAAACAGUUAUAUCUGGAGCUACUAUGUACUAGUAGAGGGGAAGCGUUUGAAGACGAAAAAACUUUCAUUCUUAACGAUUCACAUUAAAUGCAAAUCCCCACAAAAUUAUUGUUACAGACGUUUAAAAGUAUAUAGAAAAAAUCUGCACAAGAACAGUUGAUAAAGGAAACUUAAAAUAACAACUUAAAACAAAAAUAAACUUAAAAUAAUUAAAUAAAUUAUAUUAAAAUAUAUAUAUAUUCAAUAAGCGCUAUAAACUUAAAAGUAAACCUUCAGACGCAAGGUAGAACACUAAACCAAUAGUUUAAAAGGAAAUCGUUUGAAAGACAAUACGCCCAUCAACACACCAAAAAAAUUACAAUGGCAGAUAAAAAAAUUGGUGAAUACUAUGCACCACCUGUGAAAAUGGGCAAAUGGGAGGGUUUCAAAAAAUUCCUAUGGAACAGUGAAACUAGCCAAUGCCUUGGACGCACCGGAUCCAGUUGGGCGAAAAUUCUUCUAUUUUACAUAAUAUUUUAUGCGGCGUUAACUGGUUUUUUUGCUGCAAUUUUCACUGUAUUUUAUCAAACAUUGGACAAUGAAAAGCCAAAAUGGAUGCUUGACAAUGGCUUGAUAGGGUCUAACCCAGGUCUAGGCUUUCGACCAAUGCCACCGGAAGCGAAUGUUGAGAGCACAUUAGUUUGGUACGAGUCAUCAAAGAAGGAUAACUAUAAGUACUGGGUGGACGAGACUUCACGUUUUCUGAAAUAUCACACGUACCAAGAUCUUGAGAAGCAGAAUCAAGUGAACUGUAGCUUUGAACAUCCACCACAAGACGACAAAGUCUGCGGCAUUGACUUCUCCAGCUUCUCGCCAUGUACAGCUGACAACAACUUUGGCUACCACGUUGCCCGGCCAUGUAUUUUCCUUAAGUUGAAUAAGAUUUACAAUUGGAUACCAGAAAUUUACAACGAUUCUAAGACCUUGCCAGAUCAUAUGCCAGAGGAACUAAAACAGCACAUCAAGGAAAAGCAAAGUCUUAGGCCCAAUGAAACAAAUGUAGUUUGGGUCUCGUGCGAGGGAGAAAAUCCCGCUGAUGUCGAGAACAUAAAAGCACGUGACUACUAUCCCCGCAUGGGGUUUCCUCGUUACUAUUUUCCGUUUAAAAACAUUCAGGGAUAUAUACCGCCCAUUGUUGCUGUUCAAUUUACCGUUGAAACCGGCGUUUUGAUCAAUAUUGAAUGUAAAGCUUGGGCCCGCAACAUUAAUCACGACCGUUCAGACAGAAGAGGAUCCGUUCACUUCGAGUUGAUGGUUGAUUAAGAGAGUCGUUACGAAGAUGUCAUUGGUGAGAAGAGACCGGCCGUAUUAUAAAGUGGUCAUCGAAAAAUAUAUGAGAAAAUAAAAUAAAAUAAAUGAAUGGAAUCUAGAAAAAACUGGCAACAAAACCCACACAGAAUAGAUACAAGAAAAAUGUAGUAGCGCAGAAACGACAGGUUAUUGCAAAAAAAAAAAAACAAAACAAAAAAAUUAACGUGCGAAAUACAGCAGCAACCAAAGAGAAAACUAAUAAAAAAAAAGCUACAAAAACCAAUGAAAACCUUUAAGAGAAAAUAAACCUUGCCCAAUAAAGCAAAACAAAAUGCUUAGAAUAUAGAACCCUACCCAACGCUAGAUAAACACCGCCUCACGCAUAUUCACACAAAAACCUUAAUUUUUAAUCAUAGCUUCUUUUUCACAGCAAAUAGGCAGAAGCAAAGAAACAACAAGUACUACAAACAAGAGUACUAAAAUUCUAACCUAUAUUGUACUUAAACAAUUACCAAAGUUCAGUACCUUAUCCCAUCAUCGCAAAAUAUAAUGUAAAGGUUUUUUAAAUAUCAUUUGGUUUAUUCAAUAUAAUGUUAACUUCGAAAAAUUAUAAUUACAUAAUGCCUAAUACUUUUUUGUGUUAAUACUGCGUUCACAAUGCAACGAGAACAUAAAUUGUAGUUUCUUGAAAAGAAUUAAACCACAACUGGAAUUAGAAAACUAAAUCGAAAAAAUCUUUAUGAAUUAUUAAAUAAAGGAAAACUGAAAGCAAAUCAAGGCAUAUAUCUACUGAAGCCUCUUUAUUUAUUCUUGAGAUCACCGAUGGAUGAAUCGCAUUAAAAUACAUAAAUUAAAUUAAUAAAACCGAAGAACACAGAAUAAACUGCAGAGAUAACUGAGUAAAAUGUAAAAAUAUUACGGGUUGCAAUAAUAAUGAACAUAUAAAAUUUAAAUAUAUAAUGUAUACUACACUACAGAAAUAAAUUCAAGUUGCUUUACCCAAUUUACCCGUUUCCAUCAUAUGUAUGUUUUACAGCGAAAUCCAGGGAAGUUAAGAAUUUCUUAGUUCACCCGUUCGCAUAGUUAAGUUUCUCACUGUAUAACUGCAAUAUACAAUAUGUAUAUUAUAUUAAAUUUUGUUAUUUACUCACAGGCAACCCGUUGACCAGAUUGUGAAAAUAAUAAGAGAAAUUUGAGUCUCCUCUUUUCCAUCCACUUAACAAGAUAAAUUUCUUUGAUUCGUAUAAGGUAUUGAGCCAUAUAAAUGAUAGUCUAUAUAAUAAGCGUAAUUUCACAAAAAGAACUUAAACAGAAAUAUCUCAAGAGAAAAUAUUUCACUUAAUUAAAAGAAAUCGAAAUUGAAAAAUUGAUGCCAUGUCCAUUUCUAUUGCAAAUUUGGUAUGUGGACUUCAUUAUUUUUUGAAGUCGCAUUUGACUUCAUCAAAUUUAUUAAGUUUAACCAGUGUACGUUAUUAAAAUAUAAUCUUUAAAAUACCAUGUAAAAUGGUUCGAAAAUGUAAUACGGAAAUGGUUUUCUAAAAUCUUUGUAGUGCAUGUUUUCCUAAGACUAAGCUUAACAAAUUAUUAAAUAAAAGUAUUAAGUUAAGUAGUAAAACGAAAUUACCAAAACUUUUAAUUUUUAACCAAAAGUUAUGGUUGGGAGAUCAUUUGAAAUAUAUUUAUCCUUCAGGUAACCGCGGGCAAAAAUACCUUUAAAUUGUGCUUGCUUAUUCAUUUAUUUCUUUUACACACAAAUUUAAACUUGAAUAUUUUUUUAAUUUACAAUUUUCCUGGUAAAGCGUCGUUGAAUCUUAAUAGAUUAUCUCGGGUAACAUCAGAAUUCAUUAUUUUUAUUAAUAAAUAUAUUCUAAACAUAUAAACACAUAAAAACAAACUAACAAUUAAAUAUUUUUCCCAGCUGCUUAUAAAUUAAAAAAAUUAUGUUCAUCAGUUGCUGAUUGGAAUGGUCUGCCAGCGGCUGCCAAUAACUCGCUAUGAUUCGUUUUCGAAUAAAAUAUUACUUUAAAGACUAAACUUUAUUUAAUAAAAUUAUAUUUAACAAGUAUAUAAAUAAACUGCCAUUUUUAAUGCAUUAAUAAAAACGUAGAAAAAACCAUAAAAAAUUGAACUUUUGUAAGUAAGCCGGCGACAAAAGUUUUUCAAUGAUUGUUUUAGAAAUUUAAAAAAGUCACAUAUUUAUAAAUAUGCCCAAUGUUCAGAUUUCGCUACCAAAAAGUUUUCUAAGGUCUCCCACAGAGAAGUCAAACACACUGGAGCGUGUGUAUGAAUCAACGAUAAUUGAUCAAAUUUUCGUUUUAUAAUAAUUGGUAUAAAUUAACGAAAAAGUAUGAAACAACUAGUGGCAUUACCAAAAUUAAAUGAAAUAGAAAAAAAGUGUAUUUAUAUUAAACUAUAUAGCUCUAAGAAAGAAUAACAUUUACAAAAUGUAUGCAAAUAUAUAUAUGUUAUAUGCAAAAAAUUAAAAAAUGUAAGUAUGCAUUCAUUUAUAAUUCUUGGUUUACCACUAAAACCUUUUCAACCAAAAGCGCAGACCGCAGUACACGAACAGUAUAAAUUCAAAAACUACAAUUUAUCAUUCGUAGAAAUAACUUGUUUAUGUUUUCUUUAAAAGUUAUUAGACCUAAAGUAACAUAAAUCAAUAAUACGAAUUUGAUUUUCUAGUCAGGUGUAGGAAUUUCAAAAAUAAAUCCCAAACUGCUCUUACGACAUCUUCAUUAAAAAGAGAAAAUUAUUAAAUGGGAAACAAAAC